AUGACUAGCAACGACGGGUACAGAUCUGUCGCUUACAUGGGUAACUGGGACAUUUACGCACGGAAUUUUACCGCACAAGACCUUCCAGCUGAGGCACUGACUCAUGUAAUCUACGCGUUCGCAACAAUUGGGUCGGAUGGGGAAGUUUCGCUAAGUGAUCCCUAUGCAGACAUUGGAACUCCGGGCAGUGUGAAUUCGUCGGUAGGGAAGGAAGCGCACUUGGGUGGAACAAUGGAACAACUUUUUAUUUUGAAGGAGAAGAAUCGUAAUUUGAAAACUUUACUCAGUGUCGGAGGCUGGUCAUACGGAUACAAAUUCGCCAACUGGGUGUCAUCGGAUGCUGGUCUGUCGACAUUUGCAAGGUCUGCUGUACAGCUGGUCAUGUCUCUGGGCCUUGACGGUCUCGAUAUUGACUGGGAAUACCCCACCUCUCAGGCGGAGGCGGAGCGCUUUGCACAGCUACUCAAGGAAAUCCGAAGGGAAUCACGAUCGUCCGGUUCGGUGAAGUCCGAGGAGACCGACUUCGUGCUUAGCGUUGCUUGUCCAGCCGGUCCAGACCACUACCGCAUGUGGAAGAUCAGUGAGAUGGUUGAACAUAUUGACUUUUGGAAUUUGAUGGCGUUUGAUUACGCUGGAAGUUGGGGCACGGUAGCUGCACAUCAGGCCAACGUCUACAAAUCAGCCACUGACCCAGCCAGCACGCCAUUCAGCACUGAUGAUGCGGUACAAUAUUACCUAAAGAACGGAGUAGAUGCCAGUAGGCUUCUGCUCGGCAUUCCGCUAUAUGGCCGAGCGUUCCUCCACACGCAAGGGCCUGGGCAGCCCUAUCAGGGGAUUGGCGUGCAGGAUGGAAAUGGGUCUUGGGAGAAUGGCGUCUGGGACUACAAGGCACUUCCGAGGCCAGGCGCUACAACGAAACAGGAUGAUGACAUCAUAAGUUCGUGGAGUUUCGAUGAUGCCGCGCAAACGCUGAUUUCGUACGACACACCACACACAAUGUCUUUGAAGCUGGACUAUGUGCAAAAGCUAGGGCUUGGCGGAGUGAUGUGGUGGGAGAUCAGCGGGGACAAAGCCGGGAAUGAGAGCUUGGUCGACACGGCUUUGCACUUUUUCAAGAGCGACCAGAAACGGAGACUAGACAAGUCCAGGAAUCGUCUUGAGUUCCCACUCAGCCCCUAUACGAACGUACGUAACGGCUCAGCAUCCAGGCAAGAUAUGUAG